GGCGGCAGGCAAUGCGCCCCACUUGCUGUUUUGGCCGCCUCCUCCUCUUCUUCCACCGGGAAGCUUUUGUUCGGCUCUCCUCGAUUUGGAAGCAGAAGCAGCGGGUUGCUGUUCCUUCCCUUCUUCUUCCUCCUCCUCCUCCUCCUGCUGCUUUUGGUCAGGAAAGUUCCAGGAGGUGAGACUCGUCCUGGCAUCCCACGCAAGACAAAAGGGCUGCCAGAAUGAGUGAAGCGCUACUUUCCUCCUGCUGGAUAUGUAACUACAGUUUGGCCCAUGGAUCAUGACAUACCACCCUUAUUAACUAAAAUGCCUUGAAGCUUCUUUCUGCGUUCUGCUCUGCUGAAGUGAUGGUUCUUUCUGGGAUGCUGACCCGUGCUCAUUCUGCAAUCCUCAAUGCAACUUUCAUUGUCUAUGAAAAUGCCUAUGGAAAUAUCACCACUCCUUUCUUCUUGGUUCGUAGUGGUACGGUGCGGCCACUGAAAUACCACUUAGGUGCCAUGGUUACCACUGAGGCAACAGCUUUGACAGAUAACAGCACACCUGCCCUUCCUUUGCAAGACUUCAAGAGCUUGAGCCUCCCACUCCAGAUUAUACUUUCUGCUGCCAUGGUAUUUAUAUUCCUAGUUUCUUUCCUUGGUAACCUUGUUGUCUGCCUCAUGGUCUAUCAGAAGACUGCAAUGCGAUCUGCUAUUAACAUUCUCCUAGCUAGCUUGGCUUUUGCAGACAUGCUGCUUGCUCUGCUGAAUAUGCCUUUUGCUCUGAUAACUAUCAUCACAACUCGAUGGGUGUUUGGCGAUACCUUUUGCAGAGUCUCUGCUAUGUUCUUCUGGCUGUUUGUCAUUGAAGGUGUUGCCAUUCUGCUCAUCAUUAGCAUUGACAGAUUCCUUAUCAUAGUUCAGAGGCAGGAUAAGCUGAAUCCUUACCGUGCAAAAGUCCUUAUUGCUGUCUCCUGGGCUACAGCCUUUGUAGUUGCUUUCCCACUCUCUGUGGGGAACCCAAGUCUACAGAUACCUUCUAAAGCACCUCAGUGUGUGUUUGGGUACUCAACAAGCCCUGGCUACCGUGCCUACGUGAUACUGGUGGUCCUGAUCUCCUUUUUCAUUCCAUUCUUGGUGAUGUUAUAUUCUUUUAUGGGCAUCCUCAACACAGUACGGCAUAACGCAGUUCGCAUCCAUAGCCACCCAGAUAGCAUUUGCCUCAGUCAAGCCAGCAAACUUGGUCUCAUGAGCCUCCAGAGACCCUUUCAAAUGAACAUUGAUAUGAGCUUUAAAACUCGUGCCUUCACAACCAUCUUGAUUCUAUUCAUUGUCUUCAUUAUCUGCUGGGCCCCCUUCACCACCUACAGCCUUAUUGCCACAUUCAACAGCCACUUUUACCACAAGCACAACUUUUUUGAGAUAAGCACUUGGCUCCUUUGGCUCUGCUACCUCAAGUCGGCUCUGAACCCACUGAUUUACUAUUGGAGGAUCAAGAAGUUUCAUGAUGCGUGCUUAGACUUGAUGCCCAAGUACUUCAAAUUUUUACCACAGCUACCUGGUAACACCAGAAGACGUAUCCGGCCUAGUGCUGUGUAUGUGUGUGGGGAGCACCGGUCAGUAGUGUAAAACUUGGAAACAGUGGACAGAUGCUCUUUUCUGAUGUAUGCUUGUCUUGGUGGAUUUUUUACAUGGUUUCUUCAGCUGCCAUAUUUACAACUUUUAGUAUAUAGUCUAGUAUCAUGUCCAAUUUCAAGAAAAAGAUUACAGUUGGUCUUUGCUGCCAGAGUAUAACUCAACAAAGUUAUGGGCUACAAAGUUUUAGAAAACAGCUUCUUCUGCUGAAGAGGCAAGCCACAGUUUAUGUUUUCUUUUCAGCAGACACAAGAGUUCAAUUCAACGUUUGCCUUGAAUCCCACCUUGACAGAAAGACAGGAUAUACAUAAUUACAGUUGUCCUUUCACAUUUGUGGUUUUUACUUUUUCGGAUUUGAUUAUUUACUUACUUGAUUUCAAAUGUUAUGUCUAGGAAUCUCUAGGUCCUCUGGCAUGACUAUAGUCUAUUUCCUCCAGUCAUACCCAAGGGCCAAAGAUUUCAAAAGAAGAAAACUUUUCUAGAGAUCUUUCAGUCCCCCAAUGUGAUUUUAUAGUUAGCUUCCAGCAGAUGCUGAUCAUACACUUGUGAAUGGAAAUCUUGGAAAUUCCUAGAGAGAUGUUUAGCAAUUUCUUUAUUCAUAGUUUUUCACUUUUUAAGGGCCCUGUUCCCCUAACCCCAGCAAAUGUGGAGAGCUGGCUGUAAUUCAAUAAAUAAAUAAAUAAAUAGAACAAAAUAAACAUUCUACAUUCGGGUUGCCACUUCUGCAGUGGGAAAUUUCCUCCCGCCCCUUGUACACAUCCUGCAAUCUCUUCUGGACAGUGUCCCAAUGCAUUGGGGAUGAUUGGGGUGUACGCAAGGGCUGACAUGUAGAAGAGCAAUUCAGUCCACCAGUACUGUCUGGUUUGUUGGCUGAAAUAUGCCAACAAACCAGUAGUCAAUGCUCUAGAUCAGGGUUUUUCAAACUGUGCUCCCCCAAAUGUUUUGGACUUCAGCUCCCACAGUUCCUAGUAGCUGGUAAGCUGGCUGGGAUUUCUGGGAGCUGAAGUCCAAAACAUCCGGAGGAGCACAUUUUGAAAAACCCUGCUCUAGAUAGCCUCCUACUACAUGCAAAGAUUUUCCUUACACACACCUGCAGCUGCCUAUGGAUUGUGGUCACUACCUCCAGGAUUCUGUGGUGGAGAGACAAAACUCAGUUUGGUUUGUCAGGGUUGAUACUAAAGACUAGAGAUCUGUUUAAUUGUAGAUGUUUUUAAUGCUGCUAUUUUAUGGUUCAUUUAGCAGAAUGGAAAUCAUGUUACUGCUUUAUGCCAACAAAGUAGAGCCAAAAAAUUUCUUAUUUUCUUAAAAUUUCCAAGAGUUGCAGUGAUAUGAAAAAUAGAUUUUAGCAUCUCUGUGCACUUUACAAUACCUUUUAGUUUAUGUGUGUGAGUAUUCUAUUUUGUUUCAUUCCUUCCUGCAAAAGAUACUGUAUGUUAAUUAAUCUCUUUCAGUGAAUGGCAAUUAUAAUAUUUUUUGUGUGUUUGGUUUCACAGAUGUACAGUCUCUCUUGAGUUUACUUGAAUUUUAGAAGUAUCUCAUGCAUAUGUUUCCAAUGAGAGUUUGUAUGUAACUUUCAGUGCAGUCCAGCUGGAAAUCAGUAAGAAUUAGUCCUGUGAAUUUGAAGGCUUGGUUUUACUCCUUUUUUCAGUGGAAUAUAGGUAUGAGUUAAAUUUCUGUAGACUGGGCAUGUUCUAUGUCAUAGGCUAAGCCCUGUUCAGCAGUAUUUUAAAAAGUAUCAAAAUGUCAGGAUCCAAAGAGAUUCUUUAGGCAUACCAUAAGCAGGCUGCCCAACAGACAUUUUUACUCUUCUUUGAAAUAGCAUUGCCUUAUUUCAUGUCACGGACUGCUUUUUUGAAACAAUUCAUGAUUUCAAAAGAAAUACGUCAUGGAGCAGAUUGACGUGGUUAUUGAACACAUGUCCAAAUAUUGAUUCGAAUUAAAAUAGAUUCCCAAGAAGGAAAAAAUACGGUAGUCCUACAAGGUAAAAAUACUAAUUUGUGAUUUAUUAUACAUUGUAUCUAUUAAUAAUACACUGAUUUCUUCAGUAGAAGUGGCUUUUGGAGGAGGCAACAAAACAGAAAAAGGUUGAGUGAAAAUGAACAUUUUCCACACUCCCAUUGGAAUUGAGUUCUGAACCAGCCCUGACAUUUCUCCCUCCCUCCAUCAGUCAAGCUUUUUGUGGGGUUGUAUCAACCACUACCUUUAUCUCUUGAUAUUUUCCCUCAAUGCAUCCAUUCCUAUUUCAGAAAAAAUGCGAGGGAGGGUGGAGAGAUAAAUAUUACUAUCAUAAUCAUCUUAGAAGACUUCUCUGUAAUCAUUUAAAUGAACUUGAGCAAUGUAAAUGCAUUAAAGCUAUUUUUAGGUUUAUUGUGUCUUACUGAACCACUCCCCUUUGGAUUCUUUAAUGGCAGCAAAUGGCAUUACUUGGAGCAGUACUUCAAAAGGAGAAAAGGAGUGAAUAGCCUUUUAAAAAAUCUGUAUGCUUUGAAGUAGGUCGACUGAUUCAGAACGAUCAGUUCUGGCGCACUAUUUUAUUUUGCUGUGAGGAAGAUUUUCCACUUUGCACCUCAACAGUAAUUUGACGUCUCCUUUAAAAUAUUAUCGCUCUCAAUAAAGUAAUGUGCCACUGCCAAUGCCAAUCCCAUUGCUCUGUCUUCCAACAGAAUGUAUCAUAAGACUCAUCACAUGUUCAUUGUUUGAAGAGCAUCUCUUGUAGAGUCAUAUUGCUGACCUUGCCUCCAAGGCUAAUGACUCCUUUCCUCCAGAUUGAUUGAGGCAUCUGAUCCUGGAGACUUUUGGAGGUGGACCUCACUGCCUUCAGGUGUCCAUGGCAGCUGGAAUCCUAGAGUCAUAGGCCUCUCGCAUGGACUUUCUCAGUUCCCUUGUCUGUUGGCUAGUGUUACAGUGUCAUUUGAGUAGGCGACUAGGCGACUCCAGCAUCAAGGGCCCACUAUUCCUUUCAAUUUGUAAGCCCUUCAGGGAGAGAAAAGACUAUACAUGCAGGUUCUUAUAAUACGUGAAGAAAGGUACUAGGUCAGAUACAAUCAAUUUUAAGUGUCAUUUAUCCCACAUUUAUCAUGGAGAGAAAGAAAAAAAGAUGUCCUCAAGAAAAUUGUAUGCCUAAAAUCUAGAAAUGCAUUUAAAGAAUAAGUGUGGAGAUAUAUAUUCUUUUAAGUUCUUGACAGCUAAUGCAUUCUUGGAUUGGUUCCCCCCCCCCCAUCAUAUUCUUUUUAUGUGUAGAAAUUUUGAACAACAGUUCAGCAUUCAGAUCACAUCUUUAUAAAUUUUGUAUGAUGCUACUGUUAAAUGGCAGUGGAUGGUGUGCUGUAGUAUAAAUGGGUGCUUGACAGAAAAGGCAAAUAGAUUGGAUGUGACUUUUCACCCUGCACAGUCCUUCAUUUGCCACAUUUCACUAAUUGUUCACAGUGAGCUAAAGAAUUUGAAGAGCAUUGACAUUAUGGGGAAGAGAGGCAAAUCUCUCAUUACUAUCAAUACAAAGAGAUAUUUUUGCACAUAAGACUGAGCACUGCCUUCCUUUAGUUGAAAGUAAUUCCCACUAUGUUAAUUGCUUCUUACUCCAGUUUUAAGUAUUCUAGUUUGUGCUGACACCCCUCUUCACCCCUUGGAGAACAGAGCAGGACUGUAUUGUUGCUAUGCACCUAAAUUUACUUUAUAAGAGCAGAGUUUGAUAUUUGGAGCAGACUGCACGUGUAUCUGUACUGUACAGUUAUAUCAUUCCCAUGCCAUAGUAGUUAUCGUAACUCAACUUAUGGAAUUUGGGAUUUGUUGUUUACAUAUAUUCUUAGGCAUGUGUCUAGACAGGAACUAGGAAUGACUUUAGACCAGUGGUUUUCAACCUGUGGGUCCCCAGAUGUUUUGGUCUUUAAUUCGCAGAAAUAGUAAUAGCUGGUAAACUGGCUGGGAUUUCUGGGAGUUGUAGGCCAAAACACCUGGGGACCCACAGGUUGAGAGCCACUUCCAAGACUCAACCCCCCUGUAUUUCAUCAUAUGGAGUUUUAUACGUGUAGAAAGGGAUUAAUUGAUAUGAAGCUGCUAUAACAAUAUAGUUACACCCUAAGAUAAGACAGAAGUUUCUGAUUUCUUUUUAUUGCAGCAACUCCUCUUAUUCUUUUUGGGGUUUUUUUAACCAUUAUCACCCCAUCUUUCUGCUUGGAUUCUGCUGUAUUUGAAAUAGUCAAAUAUGAAGAGAGCCUGUGUGAGUCAGCAAAACAUGAGGUUUUAUGUUGAAGGGGAAAGUUUCAACACAUAAGUUUAAAUAAUUUUGUGUUUAAAGCACAUUAUUUGACUCAGUUGUUUUUAAAAUGUUGUUGUUUUAGGACAGUGCCUUGUUAAUUUGGGAUGAACUUUUAUAUCCUCAGACUUGAGAAUCUUUCACUUUCAGUGGUAAUUGGGCACAUAUCUUCUCUGAAGUUUACACCCAUGUUUACAAGUGUUGUUUGUAUGCAUUUCAGAAGGCAACAGUCAAAUAGGAGUUUUUAAAGUUUGAACUAUUGAUGAGAGCACUGACUGUAUGGACUGUACCAUUUUUUUCAAAAUAUAUUUUUGCUUGAUGUUGUAUGCUUUAUAUUGCUAGGGAACAAAACAGAAGGAUGAGAUGAAAGAUCAAACUGUUUUUUUUAAAAUAAAAAAUCUGUAAUUAUUUUGAACAGAAAUAUGUCAAAACUAUCACAAUCUUAUUGUAUGUAUCUCUUGCUGAAAGGGAUUAUUUUACCCCUUAUUUGUAAUUCUAAAGGGACAUUGUACAUGCCUUGAAGGGAUUUAAUCUUGAUGUAUACUUUUUCAUUUGUAUCCAGAAUAAUUUGGUUUUGCCUCCUUUCUACUUGGUUUAAUCUUUUUAGGAAACGCAGUUUAUGCGUUGGUUGCAACCAGAGUUUAAUACUCUUUAAUCACGGGACUUCAGUCAUGCUAUCAGCAUAAUACUUUAAUCAAUAUAGUUAAUGUCCAAGCAGCAUUGUCCUCACAGACAAAUGUAUUAGUUUAUUUUUGCAAUGUAAUAACAAAGCAACAGAAUGUGCAUUUGUUGCAAGUGAAAAAGUGAUGUUUCUUAAAUGUAUUUCUUUUUAGAAUUAAUAUUGGAAUUAAUUAAAUGAAUUACUUUCUUUUAAAAACACACCACAAAACCAGUACAUAUAAGGCAAACUCAAAUGUAUGGUUUUAAAUUAAAACUGAAUGGUGUAUAUAUGAUUUUAGUGGUAAUAAUAGAAGAAAACUAAUGGGAAAGGGUUUUUUUUUCCUAACAGUCCAGAAGGUGUCUGCUAUUCUUGAUCAAUUAUUUCCAAUCUGGAGACGCUGACCUAUUAAAUUUUUAUAGUAAUUCA